CGUCGGCGUUUGCAUUCUUCGUUGAACAGUCUCACUAUUCCAGCCACUUGGUAGUUUUUUGUCGCUUUGUCUAUGAUAUUUGCUUGUUCUUCCAUCUUGAGGUGAGGUCACCGCAAUAUGGUAUUCAGGAGCCCCGAGUGGGUGCCAAAAUUGCCGUUCGAUCCACCUGAUUCAAUUCCUAUUUGCGAUUUUGUCUUGAGAGAACAGUAUGGCCGAGUCCCAUUGAACCAAUCUCGAGCACCUUAUACAUGUGGUUUGACAGGGAAGGAAUACUCGACAGCAGAAGUAACCCAACGAGUCGAUUUUCUUGCGAGAGCUCUCGCCCGCAGACUCGGCUGGGAGCCAAAUCGGGGUUCCGAAUGGGAUAAAGUCAUUGGCGUCUUCAGUCUGAACUCUAUCGACACGCUCUCAUUGGCAUGGGCAAUUCAUCGACUUUCUGGAAUCUGCUCUCCAACCAAUGCCGCAUACCCUAGAUCUGAAUUGACAUAUCAGCUCAAGGCGUCCAAAGCAAAGGCCCUCUUUACCUGCGUCCCGCUACUACCAAUUGCACUUGCUGCAGCGCAUGACGUAGGAAUUCCUCAAGAUCGUAUCUACAUCCUCGAGCUCCCAGAAGAGUUCGAGACCGGCAACGACAAUCAAAAUAACUAUGAGACUGUAAACCAACUGAUAGAUUUCGGAAGAGGUCUUCCGGAGCUGGAACCGUUACAAUGGACCAAAGGUCAAGGGGCAAACCAGACUGCUUUUUUGUGUCUUUCGAGCGGGACCUCGGGCUUACCGAAAAUGGCGAUGAUAUCACAUCGGAAUGUAAUUGCUAACAUUAUGCAAAUUGCUUCAUUUGAACGUCCAUAUCGGGAUAAGAUGAGCCGAUCAAGCAACCGACCUUAUUACACUGAAGUUGCUCUUGGCCUCCUUCCGCAGAGCCACAUCUAUGCGCUGGUCAUCAUUUGUCAUGCUUCUACUUACCGUGGCGAUAACGUUAUCGUGCUACCAAAAUUUGAUCUUUUGCAAAUGCUCAGGUCAGUGGAAAAAUACAGGAUCAAUAUAUUGUAUAUUGUUCCACCAAUAAUCCUAACAUUAACGAAGAGCGAGAAAGUCACGAAAAGGUUUGACCUCAGCAGUGUUAGAGCCGUUUAUACAGGUGCGGCUCCCUUGGGCACAGGCGCAGCAGAGGACCUACAGAAACAAUUCUCCCAUUGGAAAAUUAGACAAACGUACGGCAUGACUGAAGCAUCUCCAUUGGUACUCUGCACAAAUUAUACGGAUAUCUGGCUAGGGUCGAGUGGGUCGCUACUCCCAUCAACUGAAGCGCGUAUAGUCUCGGACGAAGGGCACGACAUCGAACAAUAUGACCAACCUGGCGAGCUUUUUGUUCGGUCGCCAAGUGUGGUGCUUGGAUACCUCAACAACGACCAAGCAAACUUGGAGACCUUUCAAGGUGGAUGGCUCCGAACGGGGGAUGAGGCUAUGGUCAGGGUCUCACCACAAGGCACAGAGCAUUUAUGGAUUGUAGACCGCCUCAAAGAAUUGAUUAAGGUCAAGGGCCACCAAGUUGCGCCAGCAGAACUUGAAGAUCAUCUCCUAUCUCAUCCCUCAGUACUUGACGCAGCUGUCAUACCCGUUCCUGACCCAGAAAGCGGCGAAGUGCCAAAGGCAUUCAUCGUUAAACAACCUUCUGCUGGUGUUGUCGUGCCUAAUAGCGUGAUAAAAAGGGAAAUUCUAAAGCACGUGGCAAAUCAUAAGGCGCAGUACAAAUGGUUGAAGGGUGGGGUGGAAUUUGUAGAGGAGAUUCCCAAGAGCCCGAGCGGGAAGAUUUUGAGACGGCUUCUGCGGGAUCGGGAGAGAGCUUCUCGGCGCCAGAAUUCUUCAAAGCUUUAACACUGCAGGAGGCUUGAUCUGUUAUUAUAAUUUAAUUAAUGUUAUUCAAAUUUGAGAGAUUCGAGGGCUCUUGGCUUCAGUAAUUGAAUGGUUGGAGUUGAAGCAGUUACGUUGCCUAUACUGGAGAGUGUUUGCAUCGUU